AUGUAUUUAGCGAUUUUAACUUUACCAUUAUUAUCUGCUGCUGUAGCUGGAUUUUUAGGUAGAAAAGUAGGUACAACAGGGAGUCAUUUAAUUACUUGUAGUUCAUUAGUUUUAACUGCUUUAUUAGCAUUUGUAGCUUUCUACGAAGUAGGUCUAUGUCAAUCACCUGUAUCUAUUAAAUUAAUGAGUUGGAUUGAUUCCGAAUUUAUGUUAGUAUCAUGGGGAUUCAAUUAUGAUAGUUUAACAGUAUCUAUGUUAUUACCUGUUUUAAUUGUAUCUGCUUUAGUACAUAUUUAUUCUACAAGUUAUAUGGGUGAAGAUCCACAUAAUCAAAGAUUCUUCUCUUAUUUAUCUAUGUUCACAUUCUUCAUGUUAAUGUUAGUAACAGGAGAUAAUUAUCUUGUAAUGUUUAUUGGAUGGGAAGGUGUAGGUAUUUCAUCAUACUUACUAAUUAACUUCUGGUUUACUCGAUUACAAGCUAACAAAGCUGCUAUUAAAGCUUUAGUAAUGAAUAGAGUAGGAGAUUGGGGAUUCAGUAUUGGUCUAUGGGCUAUUUUCUGGACAUUUGGUAAUUUAGAUUUUACUACAGUAUUCUCUUUAGCUCCAUUUAUGAAUGAAGAAUUAAUUACAGUGAUUUCUAUUUGUUUAUUAAUUGCAGCCAUGGGUAAAUCAGCUCAAAUUGGUUUACAUACUUGGUUACCAGAUGCAAUGGAAGGACCAACUCCUGUAUCUGCUUUAAUUCAUGCUGCUACAAUGGUAACAGCAGGAGUUUACUUAUUAUUAAGAUCAUCUCCUAUUUUAGAAUAUGGAUCGACAAUCUUAAUUAUUAUUACUUGGGUAGGUGCUUUAACUGCAUUCUUUGCAGCUACAACAGGUUUACUACAAAAUGAUUUGAAAAGAGUAAUUGCUUAUUCAACUUGUUCGCAAUUAGGUUAUAUGGUAUUUGCUUGUGGAUUAUCUAAUUAUUCAAUUGGUAUUUUCCAUUUAGUAAACCAUGCAUUCUUCAAAGCUUUAUUAUUCUUAUCAGCUGGUGCAGUUAUUCAUGCAUUAAAUGAUGAACAAGAUAUGAGAAAAAUGGGUGGAUUAGUGAAUUUAUUACCAUUCACUUACACUAUGAUCUUAAUUGGAUCAUUAAGUUUAAUGGCUUUACCAUUCUUAACAGGAUUCUAUUCGAAAGAUUUAAUCUUAGAAGUAGCUUUUGGACAAUAUCUAUUUACAGGAAAUGUAGCUUAUUGGUUAGGAACAAUUUCAGCCGUAUUUACAGCUUUCUAUUCUUUAAGACUAUUAGCUUUAACUUUCUUAACUUAUCCAAAUGGACCUAGAAUUAAUUAUUUAGGGACUCAUGAAGCUCCAUUCAUUAUGGCAGUUCCAUUAGUAUUAUUAGCUAUUAUGAGUAUUUUCUUUGGUUAUGUUACAAAAGAUCUAUUUAUUGGUGUAGGUACAAAUUUCUGGGGUAACUCUCUAUUUGUACAUCCAAAUCAUGUAAGUUUAAUUGAAGCUGAGUUUGCUAUUCCUACUUUCUAUAAAUUAUUACCAUUAAUGGGUAGUUUAUUUGGAGGAGGACUUGCAUUAGUUUUAUAUCAUGUAUUCCCAUUAUUCACUAUUAGUUUAACAGAAAAUACAUUAGGUAGAACAUUAUAUAGAUUCUUAAAUCAAAAAUAUUGGUUUGAUAAUAUUUAUAAUAAUUUAAUCUUAAGUAAAUUAUUAAAUUUUGGUUAUACUACAAAUAAAACUUUAGAUAGAGGUGUUAUUGAAUUAGUAGGACCUUAUGGAUUAGUAAAUGUAUUCAAAAAUGCUUCUACUAAGAUUACGACUUUAGAUACUGGAUUCAUUCCAUCUUAUGCUAUGUAUAUCUUCAGUGGUUUAAUUGUAUUUAUCACUUUAAUUUUCUACGUAGGAGAUCCUAGAUUAUUCUUAUUAUUAUUAUGGGCUGUAUUAUUACUUCCUUCUAAAAAAACGGCUUAA